AUGAACCAAACCGCUGGGGUAACAAACCAAUGCCGGAGACGCUCGUCCACAGACAUAAAGGAUAUUGGGGAUGUGGGACCAGAGAGGAACUGGAAAGGUAUUGGCAUCUCUCUGCUGGUCAUUGUUGUUGUUCUGUCACUCAUUGGGCUGGCAAUUUUCCUCCUGUCUAAAGAUGAUGGGCCCAAGCUCCCGGGAUCCUCCUUAACCCUUGAUGACCUCUUUCAGAGGGACUUCCAGAUCCAUGAUCCUGGAGCUCAAUGGAUAAGUGAUGCGGAGGUGAUUUACAGGUCCAGAGAUGGAAAUGUCAUGAGAGCCAACUUACAGAGCCUUGAGACAGAGACUCUGCUUAAAAACACAACUUUUACAACAUUUACUGCUUCUAAGUUUGCCGUUUCUCCAGACCUUAGCCACGUUUUACUAGCAUAUGGUGUAAAAAAGAUUUUCCGGUACUCGUUCCUGGCAUCGUAUUUGAUCUACAGUUUGCGUACGAGGGAAGUGCAUGAGUUGAAUCCACCAGAGGUGUCAAACUCUGUUCUACAGUUUGCUUCCUGGGGUAUUCAUGGGCAACAGUUGGUUUACAUCUUUGAGAACAACAUUUACUACCAGCCAGAUGUUAAGAGCAGCUCUCUGAGACUGACCUCAUCGGGGAAGGAGGGUGUGGUCUUUAAUGGAAUCUCUGAUUGGUUAUAUGAAGAGGAAGUGCUUCACUCCCAGGCUUCUCAUUGGUGGUCUCCUGAGGGUUCCAGACUGGCAUUUCUUACCAUCAACGACACCCUGGUUCCCAACAUGUGGAUUCCACAUUUUACUGGCUCUCUUUACCCCAGGAGUCAUCACUACCCAUACCCAAAGGCUGGACAGGUCAACCCUUCGGUAAAGCUUAAUGUAGUCAGCUUAAUUGAACCUUCUCAGACUAUUGAACUCCUGCCUCCCAACAGCUUGGAAAAAAGUGAAUAUUACAUCACCAUGGUGAAAUGGGUGACCGAGCAGAAGAUUGCAGUGCGCUGGCUGAACAGAGCUCAGAACACCUCCAUUCUCUCUUUGUGCUAUGCCACCAGCAGAGAGUGUGUGAAGAAGCAUGUGAUGACGUCAGAUAAGUGGAUUGAUCAUCAGAAUGAAGAGCCUAUUUUUUCAAAGGGAGGAUCCAUGUUCUUCCUAACAAUGCCUAUAAAACAUGGGGGACGAGGAUCAUUUAAUCACAUUGCUAUGAUAUCUGACCAGGUUAAAAGUGAAGAGGUCAAUGUGAGACAUUUGACUUCUGGAAGCUGGGAGGUCACCAAGAUUUUGGGCUAUGAUGAUAGUCUGAACAUUGUUUACUUUCUUGGCACAGAGGAUGGGGUAACACAAAGGCAUCUUUAUAAGGUGAGCACAGUGGAUCCAUUCCAUCGAGAAUGUCUGACGUGCUCCCUGGCCAAGCCUCACUGCACCUUUUACGACGCUUUGCUCAGCCCACAGAAGCAGGCUGUUCUGCUAAGCUGUAAUGGACCUGGCAUCCCCAAAACCUCAAUCCACCUGCUCAGUGACAUCACCAUUAACAAGACAUUGGAGUCUGGCCGAGAACUUAGAGAAGCACUGAUCCAAAGAAAAACACCGAGAAGGGAAAUCAGAACUUUGCCAAUUAAUGACAUGGUGCUUCGGCUGGAGGUAAAUUUUCCUCUGGAUUUUGACGAGAAAAAUCAGCAUCCCCUACUUAUAAUUCUUGACAGUGCCCCUGGUGGACAACAGGUGAGUGACCAGUUCCAUCUAGACUGGGACUCAGUCCUAGUCAGCUCUAAUCACAUCAUUGUGGCCCGUGUGGAUGGCAGAGGGAGUGGAUGCCAAGGUCAAAGAGUUCUGCAGGAGGUACACAAGCACCUUGGCGCCAUCGAAGUCCGGGACCAGCUCGCUGCUGUAGAAUAUCUCACAAAGCAGCCUUACAUUGAUGAAAACAGAGUUGGGGUUUUUGGCAAGGCCUAUGGAGGAUUCCUAGCCUCUGUGCUGCUACUGUCUGCAGGUUCUGUGUUCCGAUGCGGCGUGGUGCUGUCCCCUAUCUCAGACUGGAGACUAUAUGGUUCUGCAUUCACAGAGCGAUACUUUGGCUUUCCAGCAAGAGAGGAGUACAAAUAUAAUAUUUCCAAACUUCUUCCAAACAUCACUAGCAAUGGUGAACUAAGACUCCUCCUGCUCCACGGGACAGCUGAUGCCUCUGUUCAUUUCCAGCAUUCCGCUGAGCUUGUGAAACUUUUGUCUGUUUCAAAUAUUAACUACACUCUUCAGAUUUUUCCAGAUGAGGGUCAUGAAAUUAGGAGUAAGCAUUACAUGCUGAAUUCCAUCAUCAAUUUCUUUCGGGACUGCUUCCAAGAAGCUAUGCCCAUUGCCAUGGAAACUCAAGAAGAUGACUAG